UGAGACGGACGUGAAUCCAGUUGGUAACUAUUGUUUCCGAUCAUUCCGAUACCACUUGAAUGCGGCAUUGUUUUCGGUGGCAUUUGAUUGCCGGACCAAAAGCGGAAGAGGAGUGGCCAAGUGACGUAGGGGAUGUUUUGCUAACGGGUAGCUAACAGCUACUGUAUGCUAACUUUGUGUUAUAGUUGGCUUCUUGUUGCAAUCUUUCCAAAGUUACCACAUACAGUCCGGCCUUUUUGGAAAACUUGACAUACAUGUGAAUUGUCAACAUUUUAAAGCAAACCGAGACAUGAACGGGAGUACGAAUCCGCUGUUGGACAAAGAGGAGCAUGUUUUGAAGCUCGGAGAAAGCUUUGAGAAGAGGCCAAAAUCUUCCUUUCACACUAUCAGAUAUGACUUCAAACCAGCGUCUAUCGACACGAGCUGCGAGGGAGAGCUACAAGUUGGGAAAGGAGAUGAAGUUACUAUCACGUUACCUCAUAUUCCGGGCUCUACGCCUCCCAUGACGGUAUUCAAAGGAAACAAGCGGCCGUACCAGAAGGACUGCGUGCUCAUCAUUAACCACGACACCGGGGACUUUGUCCUGGAGAAGCUGAGCAGCAGCAUCCAAGUCAAGAAAACCAGGGCGGAGGGCAGCAGUAAGAUCCAGGCACGGAUCGAGCAGCAGUCGGUUCGGUCCAGCCAGCCCAGCUCUCAGUUCCGGGCCCCCACCAAGCCCGGGGCCGGGGUCAAAACCUCCCCUUCUCCUUCCAAGGAUAAUCCCUCCCCGGAGCCUCAGCUCGAUGACAUCAAGAGAGAGCUGCGAGCCGAGGUGGAGGUGAUUGAGCAGAUGAGCAGCAGCGGCAGCAGCAGCUCCUCGGACUCGGCCAGCGGCGACGACAGCAGCAGUGACGGCGAGCACGACACCCCCCGACCGCUCAGCCAGACCUCGCCCAACCGCCCCCCAGUGGCCAACGGGGGAGCCGAGCGGCAGCAGGGCAACAACCAGCUUAUGAACACACUCCGAAACGACCUCCAGCUCAGCGAGUCGGGCAGCGACAGUGAUGACGACUGAACUCUCCGCUGGUCAGUCUCUCUCUCUCUCUCUCUCUCUCUCUCUCUCUCUCUCUCUCUCUCUCUCUCUCUCUCUCUCUCUCUCUCUCUCUCUCUCUCUCUCUCCACACACUCCUCCUUUCGGCCUGGUGCAUUCGUUCCUUUGCUGUGAUAGCUGACACCAGAUGUAUAUCUUGGUUUGACUGUAUUAAUGAUUUGAUUUUAGUAGAUACUUAAAACUGGCCAGCCCGGGACUUUAAGAGUGUAUUUUUAUUAGAUGUAUAUUUUGUUUUGUAUAGCAAGACUUUUAGAAAAAGAAACUUUUUCCUUGAGAGGUUUAGAAGAUUAUAUAUUAGAGUGCACAUACAUAUUUUCUGUACUUAGAGCAGCUAGAUUUAUCUACUUGUAUCAUGUGUUUUUGUUGGGUUUUGUCUUUAUGCUAAGACAGGGAAGAGACUGUCUUAAAAUAUCACCCCUCAUUCUCUCACCCUGUCUGGUUAUUCAUCAGAGAAGGUUGGGGGGGAGCCUCUCCACAUUGUUUUUAUCAAUUCGCUAUGAAUACAAAAAAUUGCAGCAUUGCACAGAUAACCUUUGCAGCCUGCACAUCAGUCUGCUUAUCUAGUGGGUUGAGAUCAGUGUGGAGCACAACACAAUCAGCUGUACUCUGUGCUUUCCUAAUCUCAACUUUCAAAGUUUUAAACCGUUUGCUGAUUAUCUUAGUUUAUGAAUCUCAUAAUGACUAUGAAUUUUUUUUUAUGGGAUUUGUUGACAAGAAGAAAAAUACUGAAUUGUACUGGUCUUGUUCUUUAAACAGUUAUCUCACAACAGAGAACUAGAUGAACUUUUAGGUUGCUGUUCUGUAAUGAUUUCACUUCAAGGUUUUGGCAUUGUGAGUUCAGUUUAGUCAUUCCGUGGCAUAUAACAACACAUAGCCGUUGAUUAAGAUUCUGCCUAAUUUGAUUUAGAUUUCUGGCAUCCAGAGUAGGGCUGGGCGAUAUGGAGAAAAUCAGAUAUCGCGAUAUUCUUG